UUACAAUAUUAUCCUACUAUAUCUCCCUACGUGAAUAUACAAGAGCAUAUAUAUAUAACACAUCGCAGAGACCCACCUUACAAAUAAAAAAACAGAGCAUCAUAGAAAAAGUAUAAUGGGAUCACUGGUUCAUGUUAAAGAAGCCACAGUUAUCACUCCUUCCGACCAAACACCUUCUACUGUUCUGUCUCUCUCCGCCUUAGAUUCCCAGCUUUUCCUCCGCUUCACCAUCGAGUACCUCCUCGUCUACCCACCCGUAUCCGACCCGGUUUCUCUCUCGGAUCGUCUCAAGUCAGCACUCUCUCGCGCCUUAGUUCCUUACUUCCCUUUCUCCGGCCGCGUCCGUGACGGAGGCGGAGGUCUCGAGGUUAACUGCCGUGGUCAAGGAGCUCUCUUUCUCGAAGCUGUAUCUGACCACCUCACGUGCCUAGACUUUCAUAAACCUCCCCGGCACGUGACUAGCUGGAGAAAGCUUCUCUCUCUCAACGUCAUUGAUGUCCUCGCCGGUGCUCCACCUCUCGUCGUCCAGCUCACUUGGCUCAGAGACGGCGCCGCCGCUUUAGCCGUCGGUGUUAACCACUGCGUCUCCGACGGGAUCGGAAGCGCCGAGUUUCUCACCUUGUUCGCCGAGUUAUCCAGGGACUCACUGAGUCAGACCGAGUUAAAGAAGAAACACUUGUGGGAUCGUCAUUUGCUUAACCGGUCUCCGGUUCGUGACUCGUUAAACCACCCCGAGUUCAACCGAGUUCCCGAUCUAUGCGGGUUCGUAAACCGGUUCAACGCGGAAAGACUCGUUCCGACAUCGGUAGUGUUCGAAAAACAGAGACUCACAGAGCUCAAAAAGCUCGCGAGUCGACUCAGUGAGUCCGAUUCCAAACACACGUCCUUCGAGGUCCUCUCUGCGCACGUGUGGCGGAGCUGGGCGAGAUCACUGAACCUGCCCUCGAACCAAAUCGUCAAGCUUUUGUUCAGCAUCAACGUCCGUGACCGAGUCAAACCGAGUCUACCCAGUGGGUUCUACGGCAACGCCUUCGUCGUCGGAUGCGCGCAAACCACCGUGAAAGACUUGACGGAGAAAGGGCUGAGCCACGCGGCGAUGCUCGUGAAGCAAGCGAAGGAGCGAGUCGGAGAUGAUUACGUCAGGUCGGUGGUGGAGGCCGUGAGCAAGGAGAGAGCGUGUCCUGACUCGGUAGGAGUGUUGAUAAUGUCUCAGUGGUCACGUCUCGGUUUAGAACGGCUUGAUUUCGGUUUUGGUAAACCGGUUCACGUGGGAUCGGUUUGUUGUGAUCGUUACUGUUUGUUACUUCCGGUUCCUGAACAGAGUGAAGCUGUUAAAGUGAUGGUCGCUGUUCCGUCAAGCGCCGUUGACUCCUACGAGAAUCUUUUGACGUGUCCUAACGCUUGAUGAUAUGAUUAGAGAACAGAUGAAUUCCAAUUUUUACUUUUUUUUUUAAGAAAAUAGUUUAAUGAGAUACUCUCCAUCCGUUGACUUGUAUAGUAUUGAGUUUUGACUUGUAGAAUACAUUGACUAUUCAACAAAUGAACUGGUAAUAAACCAACAUAGAUGCUUACCAAAACUAAUCUCAACGGUAAAAUCAUGGGCUUAAUAGACAAGCUGUAACGUCGGCUGAAUAAAUUCAAAUACCAAACUU